AUGCACAAUCCUCUCCCGGGUCAAUGUCCCAUACCGGAGACGAUUCCACUGUGUGCUGAUAGCUGUUUCAAUGAUGGCCAGUGUCCUGCCACACAGAAAUGUUGCCCAACCACCGGUGGCUUUGCAUGCAGUGAACCGCGUGGACAGGGAAGCGGCGCAGGACAGGGUAGCGGAGCUGGACAGGGUGCUGGACAGGGAAGCGGCGCUGGCCAGGGUGCAGGACAGGGAAGCGGUGCAGGACAGGGAAGCGGCGCUGGCCAGGGCGCAGGACAGGGAAGCGGCGCGGGCGCAGGACAGGGAAGCGGCGCGGGCGCAGGACAGGGAAGCGGGGCGGGCGCAGGACAGGGAAGCGGCGCUGGCGCAGGACAGGGAAGCGGCGCUGGCCAGGGCGCAGGACAGGGAAGCGGCGCUGGCGUAGGACAGAGUAGCGGAGCUGGACAGGGAAGCGGCUUUGGCCAGGGCGCAGGACAGGGAAGCGGCGCUGGACAGGGCGCAGGACAGGGAAGCGGCGCUGGCGUAGGACAGGGUAGCGGAGCUGGACAGGGAAGCGGCUUUGGCCAGGGCGCAGGACAGGGAAGCGGUGCUGGACAGGGCGCAGGACAGGGAAGCGGCGCUGGACAGGGCGCAGGACAGGGAAGCGGAGCUGGCGCUGGACAUGGAAGUGGCUAUGGCCAGGGCGCUGGACAGGGUGCGGGACAGGGUAGUGGAGCUGGCCAGGGUGCGGGACAGGGAAGCGGCUUUGGCCAGGGCGCAGGACAGGGAAGUGGCUUUGGCCAGGGUGCAGGACAGGGAAGCGGCUUUGGCCAGGGUGCAGGACAGGGAAGCGGCUUUGGCCAGGGUGCAGGACAGGGAAGCGGCUUUGGCCAGGGUGCAGGACAGGGAAGCGGCUUUGGCCAGGGCGCGGGACAGGGAAGCGGCUUUGGCCAGGGCGCGGGACAGGGAAGCGGCUUUGGCCAGGGCGCGGGACAGGGAAGCGGCUUUGGCCAGGGCGCGGGACAGGGAAGCGGCUUUGGCCAGGGCGCGGGACAGGGAAGCGGCUUUGGCCAGGGCGCGGGACAGGGA